AUGAAUAACUGGGGCAGGUUAUGCCACCAUUGGCAACCUGAACACGUUACAUCAGUCAAUCGUGCCCAUCGAAGAUCCAUAAGUAAUACCAAGCAGAUAGUUACAAGAAGCGAAACAACUCAAGAGAUAACGAAAAUGGGAUUCGCUCUAGCGCCCAAACCACCGAAGCGGCAGGACUCAAAUUUGAACGGGAUGCAGGGACUGCCUGCCCGACGGCGUGGCCGAGAAGCGAAGUGA